AUGUCCUCAGCAGCGAAGACAGCCACCACUAGCACCUUUUCUAGGCGAGCACCCGUCGCUCCAUCACUUCCCACUAUCCCCACCAUCACUUCCAUAUCAACCUUGUCGACCUUACCCAACACUUACCGAACCAAACUACCUCCACCGUCUAGGGGACACACAAUCACUCACCCAGUGAUGCCUCCAAAACCUACCACAGAGAGAUAUAAGAGUGUCCAGGCGUCGUACCAGUCCAAGACAAAGACUGAGACGAAGAACGCUGUCCGGACCACUGAAAAGAAGAAGAGGGUGAACGCCACCCAGGCCCCACCUCAGGCGCGCCCUCCACUUCCCCCUCCCUCACCCAAAAAGGAGGAGAGGCCAAAGGGUGAUCGAGCUAGGGAGCUGAGCUACCGUUAUACGUAUAGGAAGAGGCAGGUCACGAUAAGGCGCUGA